AUGAAAUUCUCCGAAGCCUUCAGUUUCUUGACAAUCCUAAGAGAGUCCACCAAAAUACUUUCUAAAAAUAGAAAGUUUUCGUCGACAAUCCUCUUACUUUCCUUAAUCCUCCCAUCCAUCCUUCUACUCUCAUUAAUCAGCUUCUACCGAUCACUUCUGGACGGGUCGGAUUUAUAUCUCUUUUUCGUAGUCGAGAUUGUGUUUUUGCUUGUUUUUGUCGCGGUCUCCCACGUGCUCGGGAUCGCGACCGUUUUAGUGUCCUCGGCUUCCUACACCGACCGCGACCUGUCGUGGGAACAACUUUUCACGGACGUUAAACGCACGUGGAAAAUGCCGAUUUUUGCUAGCUUCCGAUUUUCGAGCCACUCGACACGCUACUUGACAUUUGUCCUUGUCGUGGUGUUCUUGGCGGCGGCAAGCCCGGUUAAUGUUUUCACGGUUUUCUGUGCGGUUGUAAUCGGGAUCGGGAUCAUCGGUUUCCAGCUGCACGAGUCAGUCGUUCGGGUCUUGGUGUACGUGGUUUCGGUUUUGGAGGAAGGAUUUCCAGGCGAGGCCGUGGAAAGAGCGGGAAAUCUUGUUAAGGGGCAUCAGUGGAAGGGUUUCGCGAUAAAUGUGUUACUUAACCUGAUUUUUGUGGUUGUUUUCGGGUCAGUUUUGGUCGUGGAGUAUAUCGGGUACGGAAUGGGUUAUACAGCAUGUGGUUUGUGGUUCGUGAACUUGUUUUCGACCUUCAAGAUGAUCGUGUUCAUGGUCUAUACGGUGUUCUAUUUCCAGUGCAAGAAGGAAUGUGGUGAAGAUGUGAAUUUGUAUGGGAAUGUAGAGUACACCAGAUUGUCUAGUGCAAUUGUGGGAAAUGAUAUUCCUUAA